UCUGUCCAAUGAGGAGGCGGAGGGGGCGUGGCGGUCGGCUGCCCUCCUCACUGGUGUGCGCGAACCACAACAAACGGCGACGACGCGACGACGAAUGGCACGAGCGUCCGAAUAAAAACACAGAACCAGACAGCUGCAGAUAUGGGCAAGUCUCAGUCACACUUGGCCAAGCACAAAGACGAGAGUCAGGAAGCGCUGACGGCGAACGGCGAGUACAGAGACGGUCAAACGGGGGAAGAUGGAAAGAAUGGCGACGUAUCUCAGUUCCCCUACGUGGAGUUCACCGGACGGGACAGCGUCACGUGCCCUACGUGUCAGGGCACCGGCAGAAUCCCACGAGGCCAAGAGAACCAGCUCGUGGCUCUGAUUCCAUACAGCGACCAAAGGCUCAGGCCAAGCAGGACAAAGCUGUAUGUCACGAUAUCAGUGGUACUUUGCCUGCUGCUGUCUGGCCUCGCCGUUUUCUUCCUAUUCCCUCGCUCUAUUGAUGUCUCCUACGUGGGAGUGAAGUCUGCCUACGUCUCCUACGACCUGGACAAACGAAUCGUCUAUCUCAACAUUACAAGCACUCUGAACAUCACCAAUAAUAACUACUACACCGUAUCUGUGACCAACAUCACAGCCCAAGUGCAGUUCUCCAAGACGGUGAUAGGCAAGGCCAAGUUCAACAACAGCUCGGUGAUCAUACCGCUGGAUGAACGGCAGAUCGACUACACAGUCCCCACCACCAUUGCCGAUGAGAUGAGUUAUAUGUUUGACUACUGCACCUUGCCAACCAUUAAAGUCCACAACAUAGUGGUCAUGAUGCAGGUGACGGUGACGACGUCGUACUUCGGCCACGCGGAGCAGGUCUCCCAGGAGAUGUACCAGUAUGUGGACUGUGGGGGGAACACCACCUCCUUGCAUGGGCACGUUCAGGUCUACCAAUAAGGCAAGCACAAGAGCCCAGGCGUCACAUACUGCUGUGACUUCCAAGUAGGAAAUCUCAGCGAUAACGGAAUAACGGACGAGGACAUAACUUUUCUUAAAUUAGUCACAUGGCUCAUCCAUUUCUAAAAAGUCCCAACCACUUCUUUGUUUUCCUUUUCUCCAAGUGUGACGUUUAGAAGAGCUAUUGUGGUUGUUUGAGCUCUGUAGUCAUUUCUCACCCUGGUGCCAACAGAAUAGAUGGAUAUAAUUUCAUAUUCACAUUUAUUAGUAGGCAUUCCCAUCACGUUUACACAGUCACUCCUCAACAAUUAAAUUACUGGAAGCAGUAGUUUCAGUUAUAAAGCACUUUACCCUGAUCAUUAUCUACAGAUAUUGAUAAUAAUGUUGUAUAAGUGCAACGGCUGCCCGCCCCGACUGCUCCAUACCAUCGUUAACGACAAAUACAGCAACUGAAGGGACAAGAAGAGUUUUCUGACACAAUAAAAAAACCACUGAGCUGUUCCUCACCACUUCCUUACGCCCUCUUUUUCAUUCCUUCCUACAGCCAGUCUCUCUCUUUCUGUUUCAUAAAAACAUGAUUCUUGAUAUUGUAUCGUGCAAUAUAGACGACGUAUUAUCUUAUGUCAUUUGUUUGUUUUUUUGUUUGUUCUUUAGGUCUUUAAUUUCAGCUUAUUCAUCUAAGUGAUUUAAAAGCACAUGUGACUACUGUGAAGACUCGUACAUGAUACAAGUUAGUUACAAAAACAGCUUUGUAAAAAAAAAAAGGGAUAUUUUUAAUUUCAUAGUAAAAAUUUGGGAGCUUUACAGUGGGCUUUAAAAAUACAGGAAUGUGUAAAUGUAAAAUAUGUCCUUCUUGGCUUGCUUCAGUACUUGUUAUAUCAAGAAUAACUGCUGGUGUGGGAGCAACUUUCCUUCCUUUUUUUUGCGGUUGUCCUAUUUUUGUGGGCUGCGGUGUCAUUCACAAUAAUGUGUUUGCUAUUUUAAUCCCCUCUGCUGCUCUGUAACUUGUCUCAUGAGCUGACUGCUAUUCCUUGAGUUUAUAAUUUUUAACAUUUUUAUGACUUCCUUUGUUACAUCAUGGUAUCAUUUUGGAUUGGAUUGAUUAUUAAGUGAAUAUUCAUACUACAGACAGAUCAUGUAAUGUACCGAAGGACUUCACAUAACGCAGAAAUACCCGAAAUGUGAAUUAUUUGAAUUAUGGUUUAUUUUGUGAUUCCACAGGUCAGAUUAAAUACUAAUAUACAUUUAUUAUUUUCUGACAGUUAAUAAAAUGUAUACGCAGAUAUCAUAAGAAAACCUCCAGAUCCAAUCCUUCUUGAUACGUGAUGAUAAAACAGUGUAGAUGUGAAUCUGUUACCGACAGUUUUUGUGUUUUUCAUGCAUGUAGCUGAAAAUAAAAUCAUGACUCAUUUUCAA